GAUUGUCAGCUGCAAGAAGCAAGACAAUAUCAAAAUGGUUGCUCUAUUUACUUUACCAAACGAAUUGGUCCUUUCGUCAUUGGCAUCCCAAUUUCCAUGCAGAGAACAGCAGAUUCGCUCUCUAACCACUUUGCUCUCUAUCCAAGCUGCUCCAACCAAAAACAUUGUACUUCAUGGGCUUGAAGCAACAGGAAAAUCUACUAUAGCAAAAGCUGUUCUUGAAGCAUUGUCGACCCAUUCUCCGGCAAACAACGGCGCUCUUGAAGAGCAUUUCAGCAACGAAUUACAAUAUGCCAUAAUUAAAAGUGCAGAAUGUAUAUCUGGAAGGCAUUUGUUGGAGCAAACUAUAGGGGCUGUCGCGAAUGCCGUAGAGUGGAAGGGGAAUAUACCAAGAUGUGAGAACCUCGCACAAUUAGUGGUGGAGGUAGGGAAAUUGCUCGAAGGUUGGACCGCGACAAAUGAGGCACAAGCUGCAAAACAGAGAUUCGUUCUUGUUUUUGAUGGCAUUGAUCGACAGAGAGAAGCUCCUCCUACCAUGCUGCCAGCAUUGGCCCGAAUGGGUGAGAUUAUUCCUAAUCUUACCACAAUUUUCAUCACUACAAUCCCUCGACCUAGCUUCUUCCACCUUCCUGGGAUUCCUCAUAUUCAAUUCCCGUCAUACACUAAACCAGAGCUUGUGACGAUUCUCUCGCGAACUUGCAAACCCUCCCCUAAACUUCCCGACGGUUCCAAGGAAACGACCUCCAUUUGGGAACGAUUCCUUCCCACAAUUUACGACUCCCUUUCCAAAUACUCAGGUCGUGACCUUGUUUCGUUUCGCGAGAUUUGCCUUCAAUUAUGGCCUACCUUUAUCCAGCCAAUACUUAAUGGGACAUAUACGUCGAAUGAAUUCUCUCGCCUCCUCAUCGCGAAUCGAGCACUUCUCCAAAAUGAUACACUUCUCACGCCAUCUGUUCUUGCUCCUAUUACGUCGGCCUCCGUUGUAAAAAAGGCAACUUCUAACACAAGCACCACUCAGCUUCAAGCCCAAAACAACAUCACAACCCAUCUCCCGUAUCACACUCGUCUUCUUCUCAUUGCUUCCUAUCUUGCUUCUCACAACCCGCCUCGCACAGAUCAGCAUCAUUUCCUUCAGCAAACUGCAACCAAGCGUAAAAAGCGCGGUGGUGGUACGGCUCUCACCGCUUCUACUUCUCGACCUGGCGUCUCUAAAUCGCGUAAGAUUCCUCGCAAGCUACUUGGGCCCCAGGCAUUUCUGCUUGAAAGAAUGAUCGCUAUCUACCAUGUAUUACUUGAAGAUGCCGAUGGUCGAGGGCGCUAUUCAGCUACAAAUGGAAAUUUGAAGAGGAAAACCAAAGGACUAGGCGCUGGAGAAGCGGACAUACAAAUGGCUGUUGCGACACUAGCCAGCUUGCGCUUGAUCGCUAAAAUGGGGAGUGCAAACGCAGCAGAUACUUUGGAUGGAGGAAGUAGAUGGAGAGUUGCUGUGGGAUGGGAGGUGGUCAGGGGGAUUGCCAGGAGUGUAGGGGUUGAGGCAGAGGACUAUCUGGCGGAGUAAUAAAUGUCGACUGGGAUAUUGAAAAAAACAACUCAACUGAAAGAGCGCCACCACACGCAUUUGAGGUGGUUCUACGAAAACCUCAAUAUGCAAUGAAGCAAGACUGAAAUUCAGACUGGACCUCGAAAAAAGUGGGUAUGGCGCUGAUGUCAAUCACCAGCUUGUAAAACGACAUCGAAGAGAGUGGUCUUUCGUGCACGUUCGCCUACAUUCCUUUGGCUAUGGUGAUAUCUCUACCAUGGCUGCCUACCUCAUAAAGACUCCUAGGAUAGAUACCACCGCGAGGUUUCGCUUAUUAUUUUCGAGAGAUAUUUGGCAACCUUUGGUGGGAACUGACGGGUACGAUUAAGGAUAAAUCGAUAUGCGACUUCAUGAUGUAGGGAUAGAAGACUAUAGCUACAGUAUCCCAAGACGGUGCCUCAUACUAGGGAUCCAAUAACUUAGAUGCAACACAUCAAGCAAAGAGACUUCAAAUCAUGAAGAAGCUUGGUGUUUUACCUAGGGUAUAUAUUUGAGGGAGAAAGUAGACUGUGUCCACAUAGUACUUAAUAUGUAAUAUAAUAUAGAUCAAACUACCAGACCAUACAAUUCCUUGAUCUCUGCCUGCGGAAACAGAGCUCUUGAAACUACUUUCUCGUAUAAUAAAUGAUUACAAUAUUUCCACAAAAGUAAUACACA